GGCCCCUGGCGUCCGUUAACGACCCUCUGCGUUUGCGUUUCUCGCCGUCGCGACCGAAGCGACACGACCGGACGCGCGCGGAUGGAAGUAGGUGAAGGGGGAGGGGGAAAGGAGGGGGCCGACUCACUCGCGACUCAAUGUCGCCCCCCGUCUCUCUCUCUUUCUCUCUCUCUCUCUCGCUUUCUCACUGACGCGCGCGCUCCAUCAGUUGCGAUCCGUCGUUCAAGAUGGCGGCCAGCGGUGGGGCCGGGUCCGGUACAUCAACCACUAACUUUCCGGACGAACUUAUCAUCCGCCACGUUCGCGAUCAUUCGUGCCUCUACGAUCCGCGUGAAACUGAAUAUAAAGAUGCUGAUCGAAAAGCAGCCGUUUGGCGAGAAAUUGCAAACAAUGUCGGCAUGUCCGCCAUCGAGUGCGAGCACCGCUGGCGCUACUUGCGGGACCGGUACACGCGGGAGCGCAAGCGCAAGUCGCAGCAAACCAACGGCUGCAAAUCCGGAGGCGGAGGCAACUGGCCGUUGGCUUCUCAAAUGCACUUUAUCCAAGAUUUUAUCAAACACCGCAGCUUCAAAUUCAAGGCUCGUGGGGGCGGCGGUGGCGGCCAGCAGCAGGAAGCGACGUCUGAUGGUACAAACACGCCACGAGGUGCCCGCCAACAACACGUCAAGUCUGAAGGAGAUAACAAUCACACAUCGUCAGAUGAAACAGACGGGCCAGUUUCACCAGCUUUCGAUCAACAAAGUGCCGCAGCGGCCGAAUGUUACCCGAUGGUUAUAAUCGAAGAAACAGAUGCGCACCAUCAUGUCGGUCCACCUCGUUCUGGCACACCUUCAGACUACCUUCGAGGAGGUGUACCGAAUGAUCAUCAUCACCACCACAGGUCGUCAACGUUCAAUAACGGCGGGAGUACCAGCCCUCGGAUGACGUACAACGAAGACGAACUCUUCUGUCUUUCAGUAGCACAGACACUACGUCGUCUGCCGCUAAUGCGCCGCUCGUUGGCUAAAGUUCAAAUCCUUCAACUGAUACACGAUAUGGAAUUCGGGAGUCAUUCCUAAACUGAAAAAGAAGUAAAUAAAGAGAGAACCACUACACUGUGCAUUCGGGCACUUGAACAUCAACAAGAAGAUAAAAACUAUUCCCUUUUCUUCUUCUUUUUUCUCUUUACUUUAUGAAUACAUGUUUACAUCUCAA